GCCCCUAAAGCUGGUGCUGCUGCAUCUGCUCUUCUUCUUCACUGAGUAUCUCUCUCCCUCUCUCCCUCUCUCGCCCUCUCCCUCUCUGUCACUCACCACACGAGUGCAUAGCCAGCCAGUCGCUGUUUCCAUUCUUUUCCUGUUCUUUUCAUGGUACCGAGUUAACUGGGGCUGAGCUAUCAUGGGUUGUUGCCAAUCUUCUUUUUUAAAACUACCGUUCUCCGAUGAUAAUAAAAACAAUCGACGAGAGCAAGAACAACGUCGGGAAAAUCAACAGCAGCAGCAGCAUGUCCGAACUAAACAUUCUUCACAGCCAACAAACGGAACGGAAAAAAGCAGUGGUCUUGGUGGAGGUGGAGGUGCUGGCGUGCCGUCUUUCACGGAGUUCUCAUUUGCUGACCUAAAAGCUGCAACAAACAACUUUAGUCCCGAGUUUAUCGUGUCUGAAAGCGGUGAAAAAGCGUCCAAUGUUGUUUAUAAAGGACGGUUACAAAAUCAGAAUAACAGCAAUAACAGAAGUUGGAUCGCUGUCAAAAAGUUUACCAAACUGGCCUGGCCUGAUCCUAAACAGUUCGCUGACGAGGCGUGGGGUGUUGGGAAAUUGAGGCACAAAAGGUUAGCGAAUUUGAUUGGUUAUUGUUGUGAUGGAGAUGAGAGGCUGUUGGUGGCUGAAUACAUGCCAAAUGAUACCCUUUCAAAGCAUCUGUUUCACUGGGAAAAUCAAACUAUUGAGUGGGCCAUGCGUUUGAGAGUUGCACUUUAUAUUACUGAAGCUUUAGAUUAUUGUAGUUCUGAAGGUCGUCCACUGUAUCAUGACUUGAACGCUUACAGGGUUCUUUUUGAUGAGAAUGGAGAUCCCCGGCUUUCAUGUUUUGGAUUGAUGAAGAAUAGUAUGGAUGGAAAGAGUUACAGCACAAAUCUUGCUUAUACACCUCCUGAGUACCUAAGAAAUGGAAGGGUCACCCCAGAAAGUGUCAUCUUCAGCUUUGGGACUGUCCUUUUGGAUCUUCUUAGUGGAAAGCACAUCCCUCCUAGUCAUGCUCUUGAUAUGAUUCGAGGGAAGAACAUUCUUCUCCUUAUGGAUUCUCAUUUGGAGGGAAACUUCUCAACUGAAGAGGCGACUGUGGUUUUUGAUCUUGCCUCACGAUGCUUGCAAUACGAACCAGGGGAGCGACCAAAUACCAAGGAUCUUGUUACGACACUUGCACCACUGCAAAAUAAACCUGAUGUUCUGUCCUAUGUGAUGCUGGGAAUUCCAAAGCAUGAAGAAGCACCCCCUACCCCACAGCACCCCCUGUCUCCAAUGGGUGAUGCUUGUUCACGGAUGGAUCUCACAGCUAUCCAUCAGAUAUUGGUAAUGACACACUACAAGGACGAUGAAGGAACCAACGAGUUAUCUUUCCAAGAGUGGACACAACAAAUGAGAGAUAUGUUGGAGGCCAGAAAGCGUGGAGAUGUAGCAUUUCGUGACAAAGAUUUUAAAACUGCUGUAGAAUGCUAUUCUCAGUUCAUAGAUGUGGGAACAAUGGUAUCUCCAACUGUUUAUGCACGGCGUAGUCUUUGCCAUCUCCUAUGUGAUCAACCAGAUGCCGCUCUCCGAGAUGCAAUGCAAGCACAAUGUGUCUACCCUGACUGGUCUACAGCAUUUUACAUGCAAGCCGUUGCCCUUGCCAAGCUUGACAUGCACAAGGAUGCUGCUGACAUGUUGAAUGAGGCUGCUACCCUUGAAGAAAAAAAGCAACGGAGUGGAAGAUGAUCUAGAGAAACACGACUCUGUAUUAUUCUUCUGUAAUCUGAUCAGUUAUUGUGGUUGUUGUAUCAAAUAGUGGGUUUGAUGUAGAAUUGGGAAUCAGAAAUGUUUUCGCCCAAGGUGUACCAUAGUGGCGGGGUUGGGGCGGAGAAAGGAUAGGGUUGGGAGUGGAGAAGGAUACUGCUGCACUGGCCAUUGCACAAUUUUUUUCCUGAAAUGAGAUAAUUAAUUGUUUAUUA